AUGCCAUCGCUCCUGACCCUUCCUUCAGAACUCCUGGAAGCCGUGAUACAGAAUCUUGGUCGCAAAAACAUCAAGCGAUUGCGGCUUGUGUGCAAAAGGCUUAGUAGGGUGGCCGAACCGUUCCUUUUCGAGACUAUCCACUUCAAUCUGCAUGGAGACGGUGUAAACAACCUCCUUGCCGUGGCUGCGCACGACAAACUACGGCACCAUGUCCGCACUUUGGUACUGAAAAGGGACGAAGUAAACAUACUUAACCGGCCAGCUGUUUUUCGUCGACUUCUUUCUCAUGAUAAUACUGCUGUCGAAUUCGAAAUCUGGCGCGACGCCCUCCGUUAUGCAAUUGAUGAAAGGCCACCUAGCGAUGAUGACAGAUCCAGCAUCGCCUCCGACGUCGAGGACGACUGGGGCAGUCACCCUGGCGAGGAUGAGAUAAAGGACCGCUGGACGUCAUACGAGCUGGCUAUGGAGGGAAUGCACGACGCCACCAGGGAGUUGACAAACUGCAUCCGCUUCCGCGACCCCGACAAUCCGGCCACCCGUCCUCGCGUGCACCCACACGCCCGCCGCUCUGAUGAUGGGAUGACGCAGGAUCGACUCGACCGCUUCGACGAUGCUAUCGCCCGGCUUCCCCGGCUGCGCACAUUCCUGCACGAGCCGCUUUUCACCGCCGCCAAUGGCUGGCGUACUACCUGGCAGGGCCAGCGUUUCUCCUACAAGAUUCUCAUUGAGGGUGGUGCGUACCAACGCAGAAGCGAAGAAGGCGUGGGACAAGUAUGGAGAAGUGGUAGACCCACCAUAGCCGAAACGGAAGAUAACCUAGAAGCUUUGCAUUUAUCGCUCACACUGCGUGCACUUGGCCUGCGCGCCGCCGCCGCCUCCUCCACCUCUGCUGGCGACUCCAUUACCGUACCUAUCCAGCACCUCCGCAUCGACGUUCGCAACAUCGGCUUCUGGUCCAAGACAAACUUCGCCUGCCUGUGGGACUGGGGACGCGUGCGCGAGCAGAUGUAUCUAUUAGGUCACGAAGACCCCUCCCACGGGUACCCGCACACGUGGACCAGGUGGAUGGGCGGCCCGGAGGAUGAGGAGGCAGCGAAGCAAAAGGAGCAUUUUGGCAAGGAGCUAAAGACGAUCGGACGCGCUUUCUCGGAAUUAAGGGAGCUGGAGAUGAACGUGCGGUCGCUUCGGGAGGCGGCGGUGGUUGCAAAGGGCGCCUGCCGGUUCCUGCUGCGUUGCGGCAGGUUGGAGCGGCUGAGGCUGGUGUUUGCUGAAGAGGUUUACAGAUGCCGGUUGAACGACUGGAUUGCGCGACGUGUCUUCGAUAAGGUCGCACAGGCGCCUGGUUGCUGGCCGAAGCUGAGGCGUCUUGAGCUGGUUGGUUUUGUUGCCCCUGUGCAAAGCUUGUUGGAGAUGCUGAAGGCGCAAGAGCCCACGUUGCGGCAUCUCGUGCUGGCAGAUUGCAGAUUGAAGCCAAAUGGGGGGUGCUGGGAAGACGUCUUUAAGGGUCUUGCAACGCAUCUGCGGUUGGAAGUUGUGCACUUCUCCAUGCUUGAGGAAGGCACUGAGUGGACGGUGAUCAUGGAUUCUAGCGAUCUGGCGUGGACUGCAUGCCAUGAUGGGAAAACUUCUUAUGCCCUGCAUGAGACAGCUGUCUACGACUAUGUCCUUAGACGUUCAGCCACGCUGCCACCCCUCGACCCCAAAACAUUCUUGGAGCAUCAGCAGACCUAA